AUUCAUUAACAGAUAGUACGCUGUACAUUUAUUGGUGUUUUGCGCGUGCAUCAGUCACACGGUGUCAAAUUCAAUCCACUACCAAGACGUCCGUAGCACCAGUCAUGGUGGGGAAAGACUACGACGAAAUCACAUCUUUUCUGGGCGACUAUGGCGUUUUUCAAUGGAUCAUAAUAGUUCUGCUCAGUUUAAGCACAUUGUCGAGCGGGUACGCGGCAAUGAUGGCGGUUUUUAUCUCGGAUACACCCGAGCACUACUGCAAAGUGUCGGUGAACUCCACGCGCGACGGCACAGAUGUGGAGGCUCCCUUCCGCGAGCGCAGCAGCAGGAUCGGACCUGACAGCUGCUCCCGGUACAAGCUGAGAGGAAACUGGACGGAGUCAGCGGGACUCAGCAACGACACAGAGCAGUGUCUGUACGGAUGGGUCUUUAGCACUGACAGAUACUCAUCCACUAUUGUGUCUGAGUGGGGUCUGGUGUGUGAAAAUGCAUGGAAGGUCCCCCUCUCCACCUCCUGUUUCUUUGUAGGAGUACUGAUCGGAUCCUUCUUUAGCGGUCCCCUCUCAGAUCGGUUUGGCAGAAAGCCAGUGCUUUUUAUCGCCAUGGCCAUACAAACAGUCAGUCCCUUGAUCCAGGCCACCUCUGUCAGUUGGGUCAUGUUCUGUAUCCUCAACUGUGUGAGAGGACUUGGCCAGAUAUCCAGUUACAUCGCGUCACUUGUAUUAGGGUCUGAGAUGCUGACCCCAACUACCAGAGUGAGCUACGCUUUUCUGGGCCACAGUACAGGUUUUUGUGUAGGAUAUGCCAUAUUGCCGCUCUUUGCCUACUUCAUACGAGGCUGGAGGGUGCUGCUGGUUGCUACUGCCCUCCCCGGCUUCCUAUUUAUUCCAACAUGGUGGCUGAUUCCUGAGUCUCCCCGUUGGCUUUUGCAAAAAGGACGAGUGGAGGAGGCUGAACUCGUCAUACGCAUGGCUGCCAAAAGGAAUGGAAUCCUUGCUCCUGAGGUCAUAUUCAAGGCUGAUGAGUGCUUGGAGCUAAUGCAAAAUAAAGGUGAAGAGGAGCAGACAUACACUUAUAUGGACCUGAUACGCACCUUUAACAUAAGGAAUAUUACAAUUCUGAGUGUUUUCAUAUGGAUGUCCACCGCCAUGGUCUUCUAUGGUCUCUCUCUCAAUACUAGUAACCUGAAUGGAAAUGUCUACCUCAACUGCUUCAUUUCAGCAGCCAUUGACACUGUGGUGUGUGUAGCCACUUGGCUGCUGGUCAGCCAUGUGCCACGACCCACACUCCUGUCUUCCACGCUGAUGUUCUGUGGCAUUACACUUCUAAUUAUCAAACUGGUUCCUAAAGACAUGCAUGUCAUGAUCCAGGUGUUAGCCUUUGGGGGGAAGAUUGGCGUGUCUGCUGCUUACUGCCUCGCCUAUGUGUUCUUCACUGAACUGAUCCCCACUGUGGUCAGGAACAUGGGCUUAGGAUUUGCCUCCACAGCUGCACGCAUAGGCACCAUCAUUUGUCCCUAUGUGAUCUACAUGGGCAUGUACAGCAUGAUCCUGCCAUACAUUGUUUUUGGCAUAAUCAGCAUUAUGGCUGCUGCUCUUAGCAUGUUGCUGCCUGACACCAGAAACAGCAAACUUCCUGACCUCAUCAGCCAAGCCCAACCUAUCAGACGCUGCUGCGUUCAGAAGGAAAAAGCCACAGACCAGUCUGAUUCUUUGGGUUGUUAAGAAAUGGGCAAGAGCGCCCUCUCCUGGAAGAAACUCACACAACAGGACUAGAGCGAUCACAAGCAAAGGCCUAGUUUUCUGUAUUUUCUGAUGCCUUGGGCAGACAUUUAAUGUCUCUUAACUCUUAACUUAUUAGGUCUUUUCAUGCACAAUAUGAAAAAAAGCUAUAUCAGUUAUGUUUUUGUCAUCUUGAAAAGAUUUGCAGCUGUAGAGAUAGCUAGGUUACUAGAAUAGUUUCUUGAUGAAAAACCAGACAUUAAGGCUCAGGGUCCAAUGGUAAUUGUUCAGUUUGCACCAGGAGGAUUGUAAAGAACAGAAACAAAAAUGCCAUGGAAAAAAUGAUUAGUUUAUGGUACUGGUGUGUUGUGCACACCUGCACUUUCUUCAAUGGAAAUAAAUUGACAUGGCAGCCUAUUACAAUUAUUAAAGUUAUAACAGAGUAAAAUUUUGUCUGAUACAUGGUGUAUGCUGUAUGGUGACAUUUAAUGGGUAGUUUUCUAGUUAAUGUUUUGAUUUAAAAUAUAUACUGAAAUAGUCCUGUGCUUGAAAUUUAAAUAUGUUAUUUUAAUUGGAUUUUUACUCAAUUGAGUCACUUGGGAGGUAGUGUGACAGUCACAAAGGCUGUCUUGUAUAAAGAAGGAUAGCAGAGAAGUAUUCUUUCAUGUUGUUCACAAUUUAUAUCUCUGCACAUGAUUCUUGUACCACAGGUGUACAAAACAGGUAACUGUCUUUUUUAUAUUUUGUUAUUUAAUAUUAUGCUCUCAUUGUGCUUAAACAUAUUUUUUUAAUAAAAUGUACACAGCUUACAGCACUGAUUGAUCGAAGGUCUAAUGAUUAUGUGCACUAUUUCAGAUGGGAACUUGAAUGUGACUUGAAAAAUCAAAGUGGAGAGCAUCAAAACUUCAUCUAAUGGUUUUUACUUCUUUCACAAGUUUUAUCUUGUAUGUUUAUUACCGGCUCAUGCUUUUCCAUAUUUUUGUACACAGAUAUUUUAAAAUUAAUGGUCCAAAUGAUGUGAAAUCGCAUUUUUAAUGGAAAAUUUAUUGAGGGAGGACCCCUUAACACUCCUCCAAAUAUGUGCACCUAAGUCUUUCACAAACUGGGAAAACAGUAGGGGUGAGGCCCAAGUGCUAACAUCGUGAAAGACAUGAUAAUGAUAUGACAUAAUAAACGCAGAUUA